CGCAUUAAGCCCGAGGCAUGGCGCCGCACUCUCCCCAGGCCACCGGCGGCCACGGCCUAGCCUGGGAGAUGAGGCUUGGGAGUCGGGCCCGCGGGGCCGCGAACGCCCGGCUAGAAGGCGGCAGCCAAACCUGGAGAGAAGGAGGGAGGCCUUGGCCGGAAGUGCCUGUCAGCCGCCGGCCGCGCAGCCGCAAUCAGGACACGUGGCACUUCCGGCUCCGGGCUCGCAGCCGCUGCCCCGCCGGCGAGCCCUUCUCUGCCAGCCGGGCUGCCCCGAGGCCACCUGACAGCUCCUGGUGCCCCGACCCCGACGACCGUGCCCGUCCUCGCUGCCACGUCACCGACUCUCACGGCCGGCCGGAAGUGCCAUGUGUCACCGCUACGGAAAUUCCCGCCGUUGUGAACGUGACCUCGUUCGCAGAGCUGGGAUCGUGGGGCAAUCUGGGAUUCAGUAGCCGCUUUCGUGGGGUGGGACUGACAGUUCCUCUCCUCGGGUUUUGUGAAGAUUACCUGAGACAACAGAAGUCAUCGUCCUCUGUUGAGACGUACCACUGCUGGUAGCUGGGACGGUUAAUGUUCAUCACAGUAUUUCAUUCACAUUUCGUCUUCAUGUUUCAGAUGUAAAUUGUUUUUCCUGCUCUGUGCUGAUGAUAAAGCCCUUCUUUACAGGUUUGUACUGUUGAUUAAAAUGUCAUGCCACGCGGUUUCAAAACCUCA